AUGGCCAGCAUUCUGCGACACGUCCAGCGGGGAUGCAGGUCCAACGCCUCUGUCGCUGUCUCUCGGACUGCACAUUUAACGCGCAAAAUACACCAGACCCCAAUAGCACUUAAGAAGCAGAAGGGUCAUGCCAUAGAUGAUGGGGACCUCUUUGGACCAAGUGGCGGCGAGGAGGACGCAUUUUCCGAUGCUAUGUUUGCUGAACCGUCCGUCGAAAAGACAUCAAAAGCCGGCCCAAGUACAUCUGCUACGGCGAAGACUUCACGUGGUUUGAACUCAGAGGACCGACUCAAGAGAUUCACUGAGCUACGCCAGUUUGUAGCCGAUCGGAUAGGACAGAAGCCGACAGAGAAACUGCCUCCUGUGCGAAACUCCGCAUGGCAACAUUUGUUCCAGCUAGCGACGACGAAGGAACAGAUGGAUGAGGUUGUAGGGUUGCUCCCUCGCUGGAGAGAUUCUAAGAGGCAGUUUGGGAAACAUACUGUUGAGGUAUUCGUCGGUCGCUGUGAACAGCUACGGUGUCCAACCCUCGCCUUGAAAGUCUUCAGUGAUCACCCGAAGUAUGGCUUUGAUUUGACCUUGUCUGCUGCACGUCGGUUGUUGCAUUCCUUGCACGUGGAACAUUCGCUGCAAGACACCAUCACGCUCGCGGCGUUGUUCCGAGUGUACAAGCUCCCGCCAAUAUCCUCCGACCUUGUUGCGUGCUCAAUGUUUACUUCGGCUUGCUUUAAGCACCAUUCAACUCACUCUCUCGCAAUUGCCAACGAGAUGGUUCCCCAUCUCAAGAAUCUCUUGGCCAAGGUCGACCCGAAAUCCAUGCAACUGCCCCCGUCUGGCGCAGCGUGCGCACCAAUCGAAGCUAAGGAGAAGGCUUGGACUGCGUGGACAUUAGCAAAAAUUGAAAAGGCUUUGCGUAAACAGGGAACAGAGUACGGAUGGUUGCGCCAAUGGCGGGAAGAGACUGGUCACACAUUAGCUGCUUCAUAG